AUGGCCAGUAAAGGGAUUCAGCUUCUUGGCUUCACACUGGCCUUCCUGGGCUUCAUUGGCUCGAUAGCAUCCACAGUCAUGGUGGAGUGGAAAGCUUCGUCCUAUGCGGGAGACAACAUCAUCACUGCCCAGGCGCUCUAUGAAGGACUGUGGAAAACAUGUGCAUCACAGAGCACUGGUCAGAUUCAGUGUAAAGUCUACGAUUCACUUCUCCAACUACCAGCUGUCGUGCAGGCUGCACGAGGGCUGAUGUUGUCCUCCAUCGUGCUGUGCUUAAUUUCCGUCUUGGUGGAGAUGGUGGGCAUGAAGUGUACCACCUGCAUGGCAGACCAACCGGAGCAGAAGGACAAAGUGGCAAUGAUCGGAGGGAUUAUCUUCAUUAUUGCUGGUCUCCUUGCUCUGGUGGCAACAUCUUGGUAUGGCAACAGAAUAGCGCAAGACUUCUAUAACCCAUUCACUCCCACUAAUUCAAGGUAUGAGUUUGGAAGUGCCCUGUAUGUUGGAUGGGGUGCUGCAGGUCUAAUUAUCAUAGGAGGGAGCUUCCUCUGCUACCACUGCAGCAGCAAGGAUUCGGGGAAAGCUCCACGCUACCCGCCCGCCCGCUCUGCAGGCCAGCCGGCCUAUGUCUAG